AUGUCACAGAAAAAUUCUAAAAUGAACAGUACUACACAAAAGCAAUCGAGUGUAGUAUCAAAGCCGAAAACAGUUACCAUGAACAAGGCUAAUUUGAAACAAAUCAGUACUGAAAAAAAUCCCGUGAGCAAGACUAUUACAUCAAAAUCUCCAUCAAUGCGCUCGGUCGAGAAUUUUAUUAUUGUUUGGUUAGAUGUAAAUAUGAAUGAGACAAAGGACGUGUAUCGAAAUUCGAUUGAUAACCUUCGAAGUAUUGUUAAUACGAUAAAAACAUUCAAUAAUAUGAAUUUAUGUAUGGAUUUCUUAAUUCAAAUUCAAGAAGAAAAAUUAUUUAUGAUUGUAUCAGAUUCUCUUGCCCAAGCAAUCGUGUCUCAUAUUCAUUCCAUGUCCAAGGUCUAUUCAAUCUAUGUGCUGAGUGACAAAAAAUCAAGUGAUGAGUCAUGGAUGAAGAAGUGGAGUAAAGUGAAAGGAACCUUUACGAGUAUCAAACCUAUUUGUGAUACACUUAAACAUGAUAUUCAGCAAUGUAGUAGUAAUCUGACACCAAUUAGCAUUCUCAGUACUAGCUAUUCGUCGAACCGAGACGUAAAUGAACUUGAUCAAUCGUUCAUGUACUCGCAACUACUCAAAGAGAUUCUUCUCGAAUUAAACUACGAGCCCAAUGUCAAGAAGGAACUAGUCGAUUUUUGUCGCAUUCAAUAUUGUAACAAUACUGUCGAAUUAAAGAUCAUCGACGAAUUCGAUAAACAGUACGAAGAUCAUUCACCCAUCUGGUGGUACACUCGUGAAGGUUUCACUUAUUCAAUGUUAAACAAAGCACUACGUACACAAGAUAUUGAGAUCAUUAUUAAGAUGGGAUUUUUUAUACGUGAUCUACAUCAACAAAUCGAAUUACUUCAUUCAGCAACAAAAAAUCAAGGUUCUCUGACUGUUUAUCGUGGUCAAAGUAUGCUCAAUAAUGAAUUCGAAAUGAUUAAAAGCAGUAAAGGUGGUCUUCUGUCAUUUAACAAUUUUCUGUCGACAAGUAUUGAUCGACAAGUUUCUCUUUCUUUUGCCAAAAUAGCAUUACAUAAUCCUGAUUUAAAGGCAAUUCUUUUUCAAAUGGAAGCUAAUCCAGCAUUUGCUUCAACACCUUUUGCUCAAAUAAGCAACAUCAGUUAUUAUUCAGAUGUAGAAAAAGAGGUACUCUUUUCGAUGCACACCGUAUUUCGUAUUGGUGAAAUUGAACAGAUCGAAGAUGGAGUAUGGCAAGUGAAGCUAACAUUGACUAGUGAUAAUGAUGAACAAUUAAAGAAGGUCGCUGAACGUAUUAGAAUAGAGAUUGGACCAGGAACAGGUUUACAUCGAUUGAGUCAAUUGAUGAUCAAGAUGGGUAAAUUCGACAAGGCCAAGGAAAUCUCUGAAGCACUACUCAGUUUGGCAUCCGGUAAUAAUGCACGAACUACUGCCACAUGUCACCAUCAACUCGGAUACAUCGACGAAGAGAAAGGUGACUUAUCAAAUGCUCUUAUCCACUACAAACAAUCUCUCGAUAUCAGUCUUACUUAUCUAUCAUCGGAUGAUCCUUCUCUCGUUUCAACCUACUCGAAUAUUGGUAGUAUUUAUAAAAAACAAGAUGAUCUAAAUGCUGCUUUUGAAUAUUUUCAACGUGCACUAAAUAUUGAUCUACAUGCCUCAAAUCCUGAUCAACUUCAAAUUGCAACUCAUUAUAAUAACAUCGGUCUUGUGCUUAAACGACAAAAUAAAGACGAUGAAGCACUUAAACAUUAUGAACGUGCACUCGAACUUAAGCUUGCUCAUCUUCCAGCACGUCAUCCAUCGUUAGCCAUUGCUUACGGUAAUAUCAGUGGGAUUUAUCAAUCAAGAAAAGAAUAUCCGAAAGCUCUUAUGUAUCUUGAAAAAACUCUUGAAAUCAAACAAAAGUCUCUUCCACCUAAACACCCAUCGUUGAUCGUAACUCAUCGCAAUAUGGCAACAGCACUCGACGGUCUCCGUCGAUAUGACGAAGCCAUCCAACAUGCACAGAACGCAGUCGAUAUUGCACGAUGUACAUUCGAACCUGACCAUCCAGAAGUUAAAGAGAAUCAAGAAUAUCUCGAUGCACUUCGUGAAAAAUUAUGA